AUGCAAUCAGUUAAGCUGGUACAGAUGUGUCUCCGUAUGGCAUUCAUGUAUUAUAACACUUUGGUUCAUACCAGCAUCAAUGAUAAACCCUUUUUCCUGUUUGGUCGCGAACCUGUGUUCAAAAUAAACCUGAUGGACUUUGCAUUUGAAAUUCGUUUGCCACCCUGCACGCCGCCGUCGAAUCAGCGUCAUUCAAUGAAAGUUAACGCCCAAUGUGAAGCCACCCCAGGAACUCUCUCACCUCUGAAUGGAAAAUGCCGAGUCAUCAAAGUGGAAACGAGUCAUCAAAGUGGAACCCUCUUAUUUGACCAUCGUCUCUAUGCGAGCUAUCAGUGGGACUUAAAAUGA